GAGAAGCGUUGGUCGACUCGUCACCGCCCCUCCAUUGUCCUGUUUGAUGGUCGUCGACCCUUCAACUCCGUCUCUCCUUCUUCUCUCAGGGACAGUUAAGGUGUACACUGGGGGAUUCCCCACAGCAAUAUAAUGGAAGAGCCGAAAGAGAUGGAAAGGGUGAGGAAGAAUCAAGAGAGGGAAAGGAGGCGUCUCCGAGACAGAGAAAGGAGACAGUCAAUGAGCCAGGAGGAGAGAGAGAGGCAUUUGGCCAGACGCCGCAGGAACUAUCAGCUCAGACGGCAGAGAGCUGAGAUCGCUCGCCUGGACUCCCAGAUCCAAUUGUUUGCCGGUAACCAUGAAACCCCACUCACCUCUUCCCCUGAUUCCGACCGUAACCAAAGUCUGGACAUUCCAUUGCAUGAACUGGCUAAACUGACUGGAUCAAUACGUUUGACUCGUCUAAAACAUGUUGCGCGGGCAUUGUGCAAUUCAAGUUCUAACCUGAGCAUUGCGUGUAAUAGAACAUCUGAUAUGACAGCCAAGACUAGAUGUGCAAUGUCGAGCGGUUUGCGUCUAACUCGCUUCAAAUGGCUUGCGAGAUCAUGUCGUUCUUCCAACACAAGUAGCCAAGGUUUGGAGGUCCUCACCCAAAUGCGAGAUGGAGAAGCCAAUGUACAACCUUGAAGAGAGGGAGAAGGCUCUUACGCAGUUGUCUUUUUUGUUUUUGUUGGUACGAGCAGCAGAUCACACAGAGAAGAGGGAGGUAUCUUAACACAUUUUAGAUAUUAGCUUUUUUUCUUUGUUAAUUGGUGGAAAGAUGGAAACCAGUGGGGCAUUUUGUGUCAUAAUUGUCACAGGUUCGUUUUGAGGAAUGCAUUUAACAAAAAAAAUUUC